CUCUCUCUCUCUCUUCCCUUCUCAACUUGCGAGUUUGGGAGAAAGAACAACAGUUUUGUUCACUUUCUAAGCUUUAAUGUUCUCAACCCACCUGAGUUUCUCCAUUGCCCUCAUGUGAGAUCCUCUGUUUUUCUUCAUUUAUUUUUCUUCUCUGGAUUCGGAUCUACCAAUAAGAAACUGAUUUUGGUAAAAGGUGUUUAUCGUUCAGACAACAACACUCAUAAACAGAAUCUUUUUCUUCUUCUUGUCCUUAGAGUCUGGAAAAAGCAUCUAUUCUUGUUCUCCUUUAGAUUCUCUUAUCUUAUUAGAUGCUUAUCACAUCUCUCUUUCUCUUUCAGAUUCCUUUUGAAAAAAAUGCCAUCUUCAUAGAUCAAAGUCCCCAACUCUCUCUCUCUCUCCUUCUCUCUGAGUUCCACCAUUGAUACACAAUCAAAAUCUCUGUUCUUUGUUCUUUAAAUUUCAAUCAAGAGCCGUUGAAAAAGAAGAUGAGCAGAGGACUCGAAGUUAUGUCACCAGCAACAUACUUAGAGACAUCAAACUGGUUGUUCCAAGAGAACACAGCAACCAAGUGGACAGCUGAAGAAAACAAGAAGUUCGAAAACGCUUUAGCCUUUUACGACAAAGACACUCCCGACAGAUGGUUCAAAGUCGCCGCUAUGCUCCCCGGCAAAACAGUCGGAGAUGUGAUCAAACAGUACAGAGAGCUAGAGGAAGAUGUCAGCGACAUCGAAGCUGGUCUUAUCCCGAUCCCUGGUUACGCCUCUGAUUCAUUCACGCUAGAUUGGGGAGGCUACGACGCUGGAAGCAAUGGAUUUAACAUGAACGGGUAUUACUUCGCCGCCGCCGGAGGAAAGAGAGGAUCCGCCGCGAGAGCAGCGGAGCAUGAAAGGAAGAAAGGUGUUCCAUGGACAGAAGAAGAACACAGACAAUUUCUGAUGGGUCUGAAGAAGUAUGGAAAAGGCGAUUGGAGAAACAUAGCUCGAAACUUCGUGACCACACGGACGCCGACACAAGUCGCCAGUCACGCUCAGAAGUAUUUUAUAAGGCAAGUCAACGGCGGCAAAGACAAACGCCGAUCAAGCAUACAUGAUAUCACCACCGUCAACAUCCCAGACACUCUUAAUGCGGCAGCCGCCGAUACCGCAAAUGCACCAUGCUCACCACCGUCACUAGGAGGAAGCCAGCAGGAUGCGUCGGAUCAGUGGGAAGGUCAAACGAUAUACGAUGAAACAGCAGCUGCGUUUUACAAUCAAAACGCGUUUCAAGAAACGCUCCUUGGAAUGUCGUCGACGCCAUACAUGGCAAAACUGCAGGAGCAAAGUUUUCUUAACGCAUCGCAGUUUGAAUCGUACAAUGCGUAUCUCCAAAUGUAGCACAAGGUGAAGAUCUCGGAGAGGUUAAGAGUUAAUAAUAAUCUUAAUAAUUUUUUACUCUUUUUGUUUUUGUUGAUUCGCGUGCAUAUACUAAAAAGAUAGCUCCUCUUAUUUUUCUUUUCGAGAUAUUUGUUGUUUAUUUGUGUGGUUGAUUCAACGAACAUUUCAUCAAAUUAACUAGGUUUUGGUUAUUUUUAUUGCUGAGUGAUCAGCUUUGCCUUCCGUGUAAUCGUGUCUGUGUGAUUUGGAACUCUUGUGAGAUCAAAUUGCUUAUUACAAUUUUCUUUGUUGUGU